CGUCUAUCGUCCAUCUCUCAGAAACACAAAUAAAAAACGUCUCAUAUUUCUCUCUCUCCUCUCUGCCUCUCCUUUUCUCUUCGCCGUGAAUGGCAACUCAAGGUGUGGCUCAGCCUUCGACGAAGAAACGAAGCUUUCUUCUCCGUGAUUUCUUGAAACUUUUCCGAGCAAUCUCAAGAGUUUUCCCUCGUGAAAAGCCUAAUCAUAUCCAUAAGGCCAGUAGACACGAACGAAAGCUCCGCACCAAAUCCAAAGAGCAUGAAGAACAGAUUUUCAACGGCCCUGAUGAUCCAAACGCCUUCCCUUUCCAGGAAGCGAAGACGGUAGCUAAUAAGGUGGAAGGUGUGAAUCUUUGCAAGGUUCGUAGCUACAGAUUCGACAACAGGGCCAAUUUCGUGGGGAGCAAGAAGCCAUCAUCUCUUUCAAGAAGUUGUAGCCAGAAUACAGCCACGACGAAUCCGAAUCUCACAAUGCGGAGUUUGUCUUUUAUAGGGAGAAGCAAAAGCAGCAGCAACAAGACGGAUUCAAAUGGAUUUAUGCCGACACUUAUGAGAUCGACGACCACGGUUCCAAGGAGCUUAGCAAAUCCAAUCUUAUACUCGAGCUCGUCUGCGAAGGUGGCUAAACCUCAAGCAACGGAGAAGAAACUAAGCUGCACACUCGAGGAGCUAUGCAACGGUUGCACUAAGAAGAUUAAGAUCAAGAGAGAUGUGAUUACAACCUCAGGGCAACUGAGCGAGGAGGAAGAGAUGGUGGAAAUAAAAGUGAAACCUGGAUGGAAAGGAGGAACGAAAGUAACAUUCGAAGGAAAAGGAAAUGAAGCAAUGGGGAGUGUACCGGCUGAUUUAACAUUCGUGAUAGUCGAGAAAGAGCAUGAGGUGUUUAAAAGAGAAGGAGAUGACCUUGAAAUGGUGGUGGAAGUCUCUCUACUCGAAGCUUUAACGGGAUUCGAGCUCUGUGUUGCUUUACCUGAUGGUGACAACAUGAGUUUGAAGAUAAAAGAUGUUAUUCACCCUGGAUAUGUCACAGUGAUUCAAGGCAAAGGUAUGCCAAAUCCAAAGGAGAAAGGGAAGCAGAGAGGAGAUUUGAGAGUUCGGUUUCGGAUUAAGUUCCCACAACAACUUACAGAUGAUCAAAGGGCAGAGAUUCAGAGCAUUCUUCAAGACGACUCUUCUUGAUCGUGUUUGCUAAUACAAUCUUUCCUUACCCUUUUUUAUUACGGGAGGCUUUUACAACAUGGUUAGAUAAAAAUCCAAAGAGACUCUUCUUUACUUUUGUCAUCUAAGUUUGUAAACAACCAAGUUGAAACGAAGAAACCACUUAUUUAUAGACUUUCAAUAUUCA